CGCGUGCACGCUGUGCGGGCCGUGCCGCCAUGUUGGGGGCGGGCAGGGGAGCCGGGUGCCGCCGCCAUCCCGGGUGAGGGGCGUCCGCCCGCGGCGCCCCCCGGGACUCGCGCAGGGCUUAAAGUGCAGGAGUGUGUGUGAUCGCAGUUAAUGUCUUAAGGAUAAAGAUUACCAGAGAGUGAGAGAGAUCUCGUGAGGCUGCCCUGUGCCCUGGAUGAGAUCCUGUCCUUGGGCAGUGCUGUGCUCUGUGGGAGGCUGCCUGCCUGACCUUGGAGCAGUUCAGCACUUGGAGACACAGAGGCUGCCAGCCCCAGAGCGCUGAAGGAAUGGCUUGCAGAGUUCAGUUUAGCGAGAGCAGCAGUGACAGAAGGCGCAGCAGUACCGGUUCCCUUCACACAGAUCUCUCCAACCUUGUGAUCUGGGCACACACUCAUGGGACCAUAUGCAACCAGAUCCCAGCCCUGGAAUUUAUGCAGAACACAGAUCACAUGAACAUUGACAACGCUGUGCUGUGGAUGUGCAGAGCUGGACAUGCCUAUCACUGGCACUGUGGGGAGUCACACAACAGAGGUGAAGAAGUGACUGAGGCUGCAGAAAGGAGAAAGAGGCUCCUGUCUCCUGAGUCUUCGGCAAGGGAAUCCAGCUUUGAGGAAAAGAGGCUCAAGCUGACCCCAUCACCUUUUGAGAUGGAUCAAAGAGAUUCUGAGAGCACAGAGCCAUGUGGCAGAUCCCAAGAGGUCACUGAGCAGAAGGCUGACAGUGCCUACACAAUGAAUAACGAGCCCAAGGGGAAUCAAAAUACCAGGAAACCCAAAACAUCAUCCUCUGCAGCACAGCACCACUUCUCCAUGUCUGGUAGUAGAGUCCAGACUGGCGAACAGGAUGUGAAGUCCGAAAGUGACAAAGAUACAGAGAUCCUCAUCUCUGAUGAAGAGCAGUGUGAGGCAAAUGAAGGCCACCGAGGAGACAGAAUCAGCCCGGAUGUGUCAGAGCCAUCUGCUGAGGAGUUGCAGAUGCAGCACAGCCAGAAGAUGGCAUUGCACCAGCCAGCAGCCUCCCAAAAAGCUGCCUUUGCCCCCACAGCAAAGCCACCCGUAGCCUGUGCCUACAUUCUGCAGACUCCUGUCAGCGACUCAGAGGACCUGAGCAGGAACAUCCUGAGGCUGGCUCCUUCCACUGCUGCAGGGCCCACAGCUGAAACUUCCAGAGCAAGGAGCCUCCCAGGGUCAGCAGCACCAAGGGUAUGUUUAAAACCCCUUCCUAUCCCCAGCACUGAAGCCAAGGCCCAGCUUGAAUCACAGCCCUCAGUGAUAUUCUUUGAGCUCCAAACCACUGCUGCUGUUCAGCAACUCCAGCUGAGCCCUCCAGAGCGUGGCACACCAGGCUCCAGUGAGAGCAGUGCUGAGAAUGUGGGUGGGAACAGUGAGACAUCAGAAUCUGGGCAGACACCUUGUUCUUCAGCCUUCUGGAGUCCAGAGAGCCAUCCACCUGCAGCCUCAAAUGGAGAUAUGCUGAAGAAGCAGGAGAAAAAGAAAACCUCUACCACUGGAGACAUAAAAGUGUUUGAAGAGUGGCUGAAGUUGCACCACCCCUCCGAGACGCGCAAGAUCCACACGCUGCCUCCUGCAGACCUCGACCACUACCUGGUCUCAUUCUUCAGCUCUGCCAAGAAACACAAUGGCGUGGAUUUUUCUGCCAGUUCCUUAAGCUUGUUCCGGUGCAACAUCAACCGCUACCUCCGGGACCACAACUACCAGUACAACAUGGUGAGAGCUCCAGAGUUCAGGGCCUCUCAGGAAGCCUAUAAAUUUCAGCAGUGUUACCUGCUUCAAAAGAAGGAGGAAAAGUGGAAGGUUGUGGAGAACCUGACAGAUGAAGAUGUGGAAAACCUUCUUAAGAAGGGAAUUUUAAGCAAGACAGACCCUCAGGGCUUGCUGCACAUCAUGUUCACCAACCUCAUUAGGGGGUUUGGGGCAAACACCCACUGCCAGGCCUACCAGCUGUACUGGGGACAGGUGGUGCUGAGGAAGACCAAAGGCGAGGUGGAGUACUUGGAGUGGAAGGAUGAUCUGAGUCCCAGGGCAAACGAAGGGAAGCUAAGCCCACGGCUCUUUGCCAAGCCUGAGGAUCCAGAGAGCUGCCCGGUCGCCAGUUACAAGGAGUAUGCCAGGAAGAGGCCACCAGGCAUGCUGGAUGACCACCACCCUCUUUACCUGUCUCCCAAGUCACUGUACUCCGUCUGGGACAAAGUGUGGUACAGCAGGAAGGCACUGUCAAGAGGCAAAAUUGAUAAGAUCUUGGAAGUUAUUACCCAGGAAGUCAGAGGAGCCGUAAGGAAUACCAAGGAAUAAGGGUGUCCCUUCGGCUUUGCCCCUUCAACCACUCCAAGGCUGCUCUGAAACACAAUCCUACUGCAAUAUUUGGUGUAGGUUGAGAACAAAAAUCCUUCUGCUGGGCUUCACGUAGGCACUGAAGGUGCCUACAGAUCUACAGUGCCUUGGCUUUCAGGGAAGUUCCUUUGUUGUUGUUUCUGUUACUGGAAUUGAUAAUUCAAUGAGUCAAUGAGAGUCUUCAGUUUCACAUUUGCCAAACGAGUUAAUGUUCUACCACAUGGUCAAUGCUGUUAGAAAACACCACUGCUGAUUCGGAGAGGGCUUGGGGAUGGCAGAGCCUGGCCAGGAGCAUCAGCUGCACCCACAUAUUGAGGCUGACACCCCACACAGCUCAGGCUGGGGCACAGACCUGCAGGGAAGGAUGAGCAACAUGUGAGGAGAGCGAUGAUGCUGCCAAUCCCAACCUCCGAGGCUUCUGACAAGGUUCAAGUCAUUUCCCUUAGGGAAAGAUUCGUAGAUUGAAGGAGUUGUGGCUGUUUUAAGAAGUUAUUUAAAGUGUCUGACAAUGUUGAAAGGUUUUAUGGUAAGUGGUUUCCCUGGAGUGCAAAACACAACUCCACAAAGGCACCGGGAGGUGUCCUCAGCUCUGCUCAACUGCCCCACCACUGUUUAAUGCCUGUUACAGCUGGGUCAGGUUUUUGGUUGCAUUGUUGGCAGAGCCAAAUAAAAGAACCUUUAAUUCA